CCCCCACUCUCUCUCGCCGUCGGUCGGUUCUCCUGCCGGGCUGCUGCUUUGCGCUGCGGGGCCACACUGACCGCAACAAGGAGGAAGAGGAGACUGCUGGGCCGCAGGAGCCGAACACAGCGACUCAAGAGAGCGCAGAACCUGCGGGUGGCUUCGAUCAGCCACGAGAUCCAGGAGAAUCAGAAGGCGGAGACUUCAUCAUCAUCAUCAUCAUCAUCAUCCUCCAUCUCUGCCGCGGUGAGGAGGAACUGAAGCUGCGAGGAGCGGAGACCAUUUGGACCGAGCUUCUCCCCCGGACCAGGGCCCGAACUCAGUGUUUUAAAAGCUCAGCUCGGACACACCAUGAAGGACCGUACAGCGGAACUGCGAAGCGCGAAAGACAGCGAUGAUGACGAGGAGGUGGUCCAGGUGGACCGGGACCAUUUCAUGGAUGAGUUCUUUGAGCAGGUGGAGGAGAUCCGCGGAUGCAUAGAGAAGCUGUCCGAGGAUGUGGAGCAGGUGAAGAAGCAGCACAGCGCCAUCUUGGCGGCGCCGAACCCCGAUGAGAAGACCAAACAGGAGUUGGAGGACCUGACGGCCGACAUCAAGAAGACAGCCAAUAAAGUCCGCUCCAAGUUAAAAGCUAUCGAGCAAAGUAUUGAGCAGGAGGAAGGUCUCAACAGAUCCUCUGCAGACCUGCGCAUCCGCAAGACGCAGCACUCGACUCUGUCCCGUAAGUUUGUGGAGGUGAUGACCGAGUACAACACCACGCAGUCCAAGUACCGGGACAGAUGCAAGGACAGGAUCCAGAGACAGCUGGAGAUCACUGGACGUACCACCACCAACGAGGAGCUGGAGGACAUGCUGGAAAGCGGCAAACUGGCCAUCUUCACAGACGAUAUCAAGAUGGACUCUCAGAUGACCAAACAGGCGCUGAACGAGAUUGAGACUCGACACACUGAGAUCAUCAAGCUGGAGAACAGUAUCCGCGAGCUCCAUGACAUGUUUGUGGACAUGGCCAUGCUGGUGGAGAGCCAGGGAGAGAUGAUCGAUAGAAUCGAGUACAACGUGGAACACUCGGUAGACUACGUGGAGCGCGCCGUGUCCGACACCAAGAAGGCAGUCAAGUACCAGAGUCAGGCCCGCAAGAAGAAGAUCAUGAUCAUCAUCUGCUGUGUCAUCCUGGGCGUCGUGCUAGCAUCGACCAUUGGCGGAACGCUGACCUCCUAAGAGGCUCCGCCCAUCCGCCUUGACGCCGACGCGACCGACAGCCAGCAGAUAAACACGACGACGAUGACACAAAAAACUUGAAAUCCAAAUGCAAGACAGACAAAAAUCCACCAGGCAGAAAUAAUCGAUCCAGAGCCUCCGCGGGGUUGCCGAGGUCCCGAAACAAAAAACGUAUGAAACACGAUCACAGCUGACAAAACGUGAUGACAUCAAUAGUCUUAAACGAUUCCCCACAUUUCCACGUUGUUUUUGAUUACUUUAAAGGCUUUAUGUGUUGGGACUCGUGAGCUCAUCAGAGAGGCGGAGUUCAAGUAGGGCGAUAAUUCCGAAGAGACGUGACCCCAACCUGGCUAGAAUAUCUAUUGGGCCCUGUGGAGGGGCGGACCAACAUUCAUUUCAGUCGGCCAAUUCGAUCGGGUAGAGCUGCUCACACGGCCACGUCUGAGGACAGCGAAGAGACCUUUUCACGACGCCCCUUAUCAUCACAACCGUGCAACCAAAGAGCAGGGGGAGGGGCCUCGCAGUCAGACAGGUGAGGCGAACUGUCAAUCUAUGCAGCUUAGAUCAGAGGUCAUCAAGCCCCACCCCUCAUGCGAGACUACCGAUGGUGUCGGUCGCCAUGGCGGAACGGUCGUAGAUUAUAGCCGUCGCCUAAAUUUGGCAAAUCCAACAAAGAAUGAUGACAUCAUCACUUUUCAAACCGACCGUGAGCGUGACUUGGACCAACGUCUUAUCAUGUCUGUGUGCGUCAUAUCAUGCUAGCUCUCACAUUAGCUACAUCAACUCUGCACUUUGUUAGUUAUGGAGAAGCGGCUGCUGGCUGGUGAUUCGUCAGGAAACAAUUGCUAAUUUUUGACCGAUGACCUCCAAGUCACGUACAAGGCUUUGACACCGCACCCGUGCUAGCACACGUUAGUAAACAGGUGAUUUAUGAAUUGAACCAGCAAGUUUCAAUCAAUACUUGAAAUUGCAAAAGUGUUAGCAUCAUGGGGAACCGUCGGAAGCACAGAGCUUCAGUAUGUUGGUGGCAAGGCGUGUUAGCGUUAAGCAUCACAUGUUGAGAACAUCGUUUGUUGGCUCGAUGAUACGGAGUUCAGUCGCCUCGGUUGAGAGCCACGCUAGCAACACCGGCGUUGUUAGCUGCAAACAAAGACUUCUGUCGUCACUUCAGCAAUAAAGUCUGUUUAUUAAAAUAGAGUUUGGCUAGCAGUAGGUAGUGUUAGCUAACAGAUGGACAGUUGUGGCUUUUUCAUGCCGCCGUGUAAAUAUAGGAAAUCAUCCUGGAAGUGUUUGUUGGAUCAACGUGACUGACUUGAAAAGCUCUGCUAAUGCUAGUCACAAGCUAACACGCAGCUCUGAGGCAUACUGAAGUCGCGCUAAUAUCGCUGUUGCAAUUGAGCCAGAUUUCGCUGAACCGUCGUCGUUAGCGCUGUUAGCUGUUGAUGUCACCUACAAAAGACAUUCAUGUCUUUCUCCAUUUUUCCUGAGAACCAAAACAAGUGUUUGUUGGCCAAACUCAGUCUCCUUACACUCCCCAAUUUUUCGCAACACUUGUUUUCUACCGAGUUAUAAUUAGCGCUUCACGUGUUCUUAGAUUCUUGUACAAACUUAUCGUCUUCUUGCCCGCGUGCUUGCGUCAGGACUUCUGUUCCCAGAGUGCUUCACCUUUUACAUGAAUAUUAACAUUGACGUGUGUAGGAAAAGUGUGUGUCGUCAGUUAUGAAACUGUUCCGAUCGUUCAUCCGAUCCUGCGCUGCCGCUCUGGCGGCGUAGCCCCAGCACCAGCCAUUUUGUCCCCUAGUCACCAUCAAACUAUUGUGAAUCAUGUGACCAAUGUGAGCCUAAUGAUUCGCUCCUGUCCUGAUGUUGUCGUUUAGUUUGUGAUGGUGAGCAGGCCCCGCCCCCUGUGGACUGUAAUAAUAAUAAUAAUAAUAAUAACGGCAUGCAGAAGUUUGCAUGAAGGUGUUUCGUCUGACCCCGCCCACAUCCUGCACUUUACUGUCCACAAGUGUUAGCAUGUUCGCUAACAAACUAUUUUUUUAAGAAACCGUUUCCGGAGUAAAUGAGGUUCCCCUUCCCCCAAACCCGCACCAUCAACCUCUGACGCUCGCGCUAAGUUAGCCAUCACUAUUAUCCGUUAUAUUUAGCAUCCAUGGUUUGUUUGUGUUGUUAGUGUUGCUCCGCCCCUCGACACCUAAUCUACCUGAUAGUGCGAAGCAUAUGUUGACAGCUUUUAUUGUGCAUCACCUUCCCGACAUCCCGUUCAAGCCAAAGCGUUUUAGUCCCUCCCCUCCACUGUCUGCCGCUAAAACGACAAAAGAGCACAACACAGUUUCUGUUUACACUGAUGUGGACCCCCCCCUUUUCCCCACUGCAUGCUGGUCAAUAUCUGACUCCGCCUCUGCCUGACGGCCCCCCCCCCACUGACCAACGUUUCCAAAUAAGUCGCAUCCGAUUCAUUUUCCGCAGUAAUUGCAAAGGACGUCCUCACAUGAAAACAACUCCAAUUUCAGACAGACAAACACGAGGAGGCAGAUGUGACGCUCACUAGCUGUGAGCUUUAAACUGACAAACGUCAUUUUGGUCCAUAAAACAUCUGAGAAAAACACUGACUGAGAGAUGUGAGAGAUGCAACCGAGUGUCCCGCGCAGUUUGGGGCCGAAGUGAAAUAAAAAUCAUUUUUCUUUUUUUAGUAAAGUGGCAGCAACAUCAGCAGAAGAGCGUCGGUCUUCCUCAUUUGUUUUCCGCUGACACAGACGUCCUGGUCUUCCGCACGAUCCUCAAAAAUACCAAAACCUGUUCAGGUCCCUGCUGACAACCAUUCCGACGCUACUCCGUGGACGCUUUUCCGUUCGAAUCAGUAUUUGGUUUACAUCAGUGUUUUUGGGCUGUUGGGAGGAGUUAGGGGAGGGGCCGAGUGGUCUCAGCCAAUCAGAGAGUCUGUAUCAUUAUUGUUAUUAUUAUUAGCAUCAGCGGAAAUGCAGUUACAAAAUUUGCAGAAAUUGCGAUGGAGGACUGAUGAUCAGACGAUAAUAGCAAUGAUUUCAUGACAUAGUAAUGGUUAAUAUCGAUGCUCGCAAUUUUGUCAAAACUGAAACUUUGUGUUUGUAAUUAUUGUAAAUAACCCAGAGGAAAAAAAUGACUUGCAUGUCUACGUAUAAAUCUACUGAGAUAUCGGAUCCCGUCAAAGUUACCCCCGCAGGAACUGGUCCUCGUCAGACUCCGCCCCCACGGUUCCGUCCACAGAGAGAAAGAGAAACCUAGCUGCUCGCGUCUUUGUCCGUCAUUAUCCGACCAACACUCAAGCGCCGAAACAAAAAGCCGCUCAGUUUGUUUUUAUGUUUCGGAAGCUAGUGGAGUCAACGCCACCAGCACGCUGCCGUCCAUCACCUCUGUCCCAGAGGCGCCACCCACUGGUCCUCUGAAGAAAGUGCUUCCCUCCAUCUUAGGAUAACUGGCUUCACGCCAGGCCACGCCCACUAUCUGUCAGUUUCUUCUCUCUCUGUCGGACUCAAACCAUCUCAUGCUUAGCUGCUAACGUGUUAGCACGACCCAAAUUUCGGUCACAGAUUGUGGGAAAUCAAAGCACACGGGAUCUGAUCCUGGAGCGCGCUCCAACACCUCACUUCCUGUGACAUCAUCACCUGUACAGUCCCCACUGACGGGCCGCCCCCGGACUGCCUGGCUCCCCGUGCUGUCUGGACCUGGCCGAAUUUUGGAAAUAGGUUGUGAACUUCGCCGGAGUCUGACGAGGACGUCGUUCCGCCGACGCGACUUUGACUGGAAAUGCAACUUGUGUCCCGUUUCUUUUGUGUGUGUGUAUGUGUGUGUGUAGCGUAAUGUAAAAGCGAUCUGUCCCCCUCCUCGCCCCACACUCUUAAACAGCGCCCCCUCUCUGCCCCCCCUCGUACUGCUGUUGGCUGUUCUGUUUAGUUCAUGUGACGUGCCAGUAUUCCCCCCCGCCCCCCGGAUCUUUAAGAUGACAACUCUAUGCAGAUGCGUCUUUUAUAAAUGUGUCGAGAUUUUAUUUCAAUAAAAACUUGGAAAAAAACAAACCCUGACAGACAUAACGAAAUGAUAAAAAAUGAAUAAAGAAGCGGAUUGUUCAGUGUAAGACGACUCUGUUCUU